AAUUAAUUAAUUAAUUAAUUUCAACACUUGAACUACAAGUACUAAGAUUUUGUGAUUGAUGAAAAAAACAACAACGAUGAUUCUCUCUCUAGUCUCCCCUUCAACUCAUACUCAUCUUAAUCUUACACACUUAACUCAACUACCACUAUACCAAAAUUAAUAAAUUAAACGAUGUCGGAAAAUUCCGAAAUAUCCGCGACCACAUCGUCGUCGAGAAGUCUCGGUGAGAUACCGGAAAUCUCCGCAAUACAAUUCGGAAUCGAUCUCGUUUCAGCAGCCAAGCGAAACAUCACGUUCUUGAGAACCGUUGCAGAUUCUCAAUGGCUUCACAACACACUCAUUACGGUGGAAGCAAUAAGAAGGUACCGUGAUCUAUGGAUGCCGUUGAUUUCUGAUCUGACGGUGCUAGAUUCUUCACUUCCUAUGAUUCUUCCUCCCUUUGAUGUUGAAUGGGUUUGGUUCUGUCACACUUUGAACCCUGUAAGUUACAGGGAAUACUGUGAGACAAGAUUCUCGAAACUCAUUGGGAGAGUUACUAUCUUUGACGAAGAGAAUAGAGAAUAUGCGUUGAUGCGAUGCAGAGAAAUUUGGAACAGUAAAUACCCUUUCGAGUCGUUUGAGAAUGAGGCAACUUCUGAUUCCAUGGAUUCUGAGGGAACUUUUAGUUUGAGUUUGAACGAUGAUGUUUUCAAGGAAGUUGAAAAUCAAAGGUUGUUGUGUUCUAAGUUUUUGGAGCCGUAUAGGUGUGAGUUGGUUUAUUUAAUAGCUGCGAGACAGAGAUAUAAAGCUUUCUUGUUUAUGAUACAAAGGUUCAAUUCUGAACCUUCUUCGCGUUUUGUACCUACUUCGGACAUUUUGUUGAUGUGGCUGACCCACCAGAGCUAUCCAACAGUGUAUAUGGAAGAUUUGAAAGCAUUGGCCUUAGAGGAUGAUAAUAUGCAGAAGGUUGCAACUAUUUCUGAAAUUGUGAAGGAAAAGGAGUUUGAAGAAACCACAAAAUUAUGGGAUAGGGCAUUCAAUCAACCUUAUGUGAAAGCUGGUGGAAAUGUUCCUCUGACAUUGGAAGGUGUUAUCUCAAUCCAAUCCCCUAUCACCUGGGAAGAAUCAGAGGUAGAUGUCAAUACAAAAUAUAGGUCCUUGCUCCCAAGAUUUUUACUCGAGGUUUGUGUGUUUGCGAGGCUAAAGGCAAGAAUAGAGGCAUUGCAGAAGGAUACAGUCCGUGAUUUCCUACGCCUCCGAAUGAUCAGGUGUCAUAGUGAUCUAAAGUUAGAUGAAGCCGUCUCUAAUUUCCCCUUUGAUUCAUGGAAAAAAGCCUGGCAACUUUACUGCGAGUUUGGAACCAAGGGAAUUACGCUCGAAUAUCGUCGUCAUGGUGGUAGUAACUGUCUAAAAAGAAGUAGCCUUCAAAACACUGUUUCGUUCCGGUGGAAUGAUCUAUUGAGAGCUGAUUCUUUAUCAUUGGAAAAGGAAGUUAGUCAACAGGUGAAUGUUGUUGUGUCAAUUACCCCACCAGUUCAGGCACCGUACCUGUUGAAAUGUGUGCCCGAUCGAGUCACGGAUGAUUCAGGGGCGAUGAUAUCCGAUGUGUUUCUAAAGAUGAAUAGUUAUCGCCCACAAGAAGGACGGUGGUUGUGUCGCACAGUUCUUGAUCAUGCAGGGAGGGUGUGCUUUGUUAUUAGAAUGAGGGUAGGAGGAGGAUUUUGGAGAAGAGGAGGUGAAACUCCUUCAGCUAUAAAAUGGGAAGAUAGGAUUAUAGAGAUACGCGAAGGAUCUUGGUCUUACGUUGCUGGUUCCAUUGGUAGAGCUCCUGAGAAGGUUGUGGCCACUGCAACACCAAAGGAAUGUGCAGAACAAUGUAAAGCCGUAUGGUGCUUUUCAACAGGAGAUGAACUGAUUAUACAGUGGGAUUCAUCACUAUCAGUAUCAAGUCUCACAUUUAGUUUAACAACAAGUCAGACAUCUCCAGAGUCAUCGGUGAAGUUAUUGAAAGGGAGGCAAAUGCAAUAUGAAGUGAAAAAAACAAAGUCAAAGAACAAAAGUGAAGAAACGAAUAGCGAGUCAGAGGAGGACGAGAACGAUUUUCUAACGCUAGUACGUUUCACCGAAGACAACCCAGAUGGAAAAGCAACAGCUCUUCUAAAUUGGCGGUUAUUGGUCAUUGAAGUAUUGCCAGAAGAAGAUGCGGUACUGACGCUUCUCCUUUGCAUUUCAAUACUGAAAAGUAUAUCUGAAAUGAAAAAACAAGAUGUAGGAGGCUUGUUGGUGAGGAGAAGAUUAAAGCAAGCAGAGUUUGGUACUAAGGAUUUAGGUUCUGUGAUACUUCAUCCAUCUUCAUUUGGUGAUUCACCUUAUGAUCUUCAACCUUGGUAUUGGAAUGCUGGGCUUGUUAUGAAAAUUGAUGCAGGAGAUCAAAUCAAAAGACAGCCAGCAUUAAGUCAUUCAGCAGUGGAAGGCAGUGACAAGUUAUAUAAGCAUGGGAUUAUCAGUUAAGCCUUUUUUUGGCUUUCCAAUUUUAGCUUGCUUGAUUGUUGUUAUUAUUAUUAUUAUUGAAUUUUUUUUUCUUUGAGCUGUUCAUAUUUUUUAGGAAUUCAAAAUUCCGAGUCCUGAAGUUUUUUGGAACACACCAUAGGUUAUAAAUUAAAAUUUGUGUAAUAGAAUUAAAUUAUGGACGGGUUUGAUUGUGAGCAUUUUUGUAACCGUGGUUGAAUGUAAGUACAAAGUAUAUUCAAACUCAAUGGAGUCACUGAAAUUUAGUUUUA